AGAGUGUUGGGAGGUUCCCAAGCUCCAGGCGGGCCUACUAAGUCUAAUACCAGGAGGCAAGAUGUGCGUGUGCUUGCACUUACUUUGGGAGUGGAAAUCAAAUCAGUCCUAAGUACUCUAUAUAUACAUAGACACAAAGAGUGACCGUGAUGAGCGUGAAGCCUAAAGCAGAGAAGAGCUAGUGAUAACAGUAGUAGGAAUGAGAACGACAACUAGGAGGCAUGAAAAAGAGCCCCGCAGCUGGCGUCAGGCUAAACAUCCGCUUCUUCCAUCUGAUGCUCACGAUGAUCCUACCACAUGGAUGCUCUUGUCAUUUCUAUUAGAUGAAGAAACAGGAGCUUUGAGGUGUGAGCUGCUUCCCCAAAGUCACGGAAGUAGUAAAUGCCAAACUAGGAUCUAAAUUCCAGGAGUCUGACCCCAGCACCCAAGCCGUGGAAGCCGGCGGUGCCCACGUAGGCCCCAUCUAGUCUUGGGAAGGAUGUCUCCCUCCCGGACCCGGACCUGACCCCAGCCCAGCGCCCCUGUGGUGGGUGUGGCACUCUUAAAGAGCAUCUGGCAAAUUUUGCUUCCUCUGAUUUCUUAUGAAACGACCUUUGGAUUUGGCUUCCCGUGCGACCCACAUACAGGGAAAGAAGGUCAUGAUCUGCCAACAGGACAGCUGUAGUUUUCAUUAGUCAAUUAACAGGCUGGCUGCCUGGGUUCACACACAUAUCUGUUUCCGGAUGAAGCGAGCCCACCCCAGGGCUGGAGCCCGCCGUGUGCCAACUUCAUUGAGAUUCCGAGGAUGCGAGCGUAGCCCCCAGCCUGUCCGUGUGCCAAGGAAAUCCCUCUUGGCCUCCUUUUGGCAGGCUUGGCCAGUCUUCCCCAGUGACAGCCUGGCUUUUUGGAUUCAAGUCUCAGGGUCUGGCUGUGAGGGUCUUCUGCAGAGAGAAGGAGGCAACAGUGCCAGGUUCCAGCGUGCCUUCCAAGUUCCACAUUCCGUGCGCAGACUCCCGGCGCCAGAGCGAAGGCCGGCCCUUGGCAGGACACCGGCUGAGGAAGUGGCAUUCUGAAGUCAUUCCUGAAAUUCUGCCCUAAAUCAAAGGAGCCAGAGGGCCCGCGAAUUCUCCCUCUACCUCCCUUUCCAGGAGCAACCAUGGCCCUAAGUGAUGGCGAUGUACAGAAGCAGAUUAAGCACAUGAUGGCUUUCAUUGAACAGGAAGCCAAUGAAAAGGCAGAAGAAAUAGAUGCCAAGUCUGAGGAAGAGUUCAAUAUUGAGAAAGGACGCCUUGUGCAAACCCAACGACUAAAGAUUAUGGAGUAUUAUGAGAAGAAGGAGAAGCAAAUAGAGCAGCACAAGAAAAUCCAGAUGUCCACCAUGAGGAAUCAGGCAAGGCUGAAAGUCCUAAGAGCCCGAGAUGACCUCAUCUCAGAGUUGCUGAAUGAUGCAAAGCUGAGACUCAGCAGGAUUGUGGCCGACCCAGAAGUCUACCAGGGGCUCCUGGAUAAACUAGUGCUCCAGGGUCUGCUCCGGCUGCUGGAGCCCGUGGUAAUUAUACGCUGCAGGCCACAGGACCUCCUCCUGGUGGAGGCUGCAGUGCUAAAAGCCAUCCCUGAGUACAUGGCAGUCUCCCAUAAAUGUGUGGAAGUCCAAGUUGAUCAAGAGGUGCACCUGUCUAUGAAUGCAGCUGGAGGUGUGGAGGUCUACAGUGGCAAUCAGAGAAUAAAGGUUUCCAAUACCCUAGAAAGUCGACUGGAUCUCUUAGCCCAACAAAAGAUGCCUGAAAUACGAAAGGCCUUGUUUGGAGCCAAUGCCAACAGAAAGUUCUUUAUAUAAGCCUCUGUGAAGUGAAGCUCAUGUUGAAUUGCUAAGCCAUUAAAAGCCUAAGUUAUUAGGGCAAAGGAAACUAGUAAUGUUUCCUCCUCUUUGUUGUUUUCACAGGAGUCUAUUAUCUUUCAUGAAGUGCCCUCUGAAUAGCUAAAAGCGUAUUUUGGAAUAAAACCUGAAAAUGCUUAUAAA